CUUGCGGCGCGACCUUGGGGAGCCGCCCCCUCCGGGCUAUGGGCCCCGACUCUUGCCGCGGCGGCCACGGGAGCAGGCCCGGGAGCCCGAGGGUCUCCGGAGCCUCCUUCCGGAGGCGGCGCAGGCCUUUUGCCUCUCGGAGCCUUUAUUUCCUCAUCUGUAAAAUGGGGACGCCACCGGCCGGCGGCCGCCGGCCAGGGUGGGCCUCACACUUGGGAGGGCAGUGAGGACCCGCCAACCCCUGCAGGAGCCCGCCCGCCCAGCCCUGAGUUUGUGGCCGGGCCGCGUGGAUGCCCUGGCGGGGAGUCUGGACCCCAGCCCUGUGGAGUGAAGGGCGGCCGGCCGGCCGGUUCCCUCUGGCCCAUCCCAACCCGGGUCCCUCUGUGGACCCUUUGGAUGGGCAUUCAUGGUCAAUGGAACUGGCUGUCAGAGCUUUACAGUUGUUCCUGACUGCAGUACAGGGCAAAAACCAGAGCCCUACAUUCGUGUCCAUUUUUCUGAAAUGAGAGAGGGGAAGAGCAUUCUUUACUGAAUGCUUGUUGUUUUUUAAACACAAACACAGGGAGUAACAAUGAAUUCUUGUGAGCUACUGAGGAGCGGUGACCAGGAGGCUCCGCAGAGGACUGUUUUAGCCAGUGAGAUGUCCCUGGCCAGUCAUAACUGGGCUUUUGCCCUGAAUCAGUUCUUGUGGAGGAUGACAGGAUGUCCACUUCACAAGAUGGGAACACCAACCUCUGCCCUCCGCUCUUCCCCAGACAUGAGGAGCUUUUUUUUUUUCUUUAAGCGGCCCCGGCAUGGUGCUCAAGGCCUUCUUCCCCACGUGCUGUGCCUCGGCGGACAGCGGCCUCCUGGUUGGACGGUGGGUCCCGGAGCAGCGCAGUGCCGUGGUCCUGGCUGUGGUGCACUUUCCCUUCAUACCCAUCCAGGUCAAGGAGCUCCUGGCCCAGGUGCAGCAGGCCAGUCAGGUGGGCGUGACUGUGCUGGGCACCUGGUGCCACCGCCGGCAGGAGCCGGAGGAGAGCCUGGGCCACUUCCUGGAGGGCCUGGGCGCCAUCUUCUCCCACAAGCCCUGGUUCCAGCUAUGCCGGGAGAGAGGCAGCAAGUCCUGGAGCUGCAAGGCCACCCACUGGCAGGGGCCCACCUCCCAUGCCACCUCCGGCGAGGACCAGGUCAUGCUUAUCUUCUACGACCAGCGCAAGGUGCUGCUGUCCCAACUGCACCCGCCCGCGGUCCUGCCCGACCGCCAGGCUGGGGACACCACAGCCAGCGCGGGGGGCCUGGCUGCUGUCUUUGACACAGUGGCGCGUAGCGAGGCACUCUUCCAAAGUGACCGGUUCGAUGAGGGCCCCGUGCGGCUGAGCCACUGGCAGUCAGAGGGCGUGGAGGCCAGCAUCCUCGUGGAGCUGGCCAAGUGGGCAGCAGGGCCUGUCUGCCUGCUUCUGGCCUGCCUGCUGUCUCUCGUCUCGGCUGCCAGCGCCUGUCGGGUGUUCAAGCUGUGGCCACUGUCCUUCAUCUGGAGCAAACUCUCCACGUGUGAGCAGCUCAGGCACCGGCUGGAGCAGCUCACACUCAUCUUCAGCACCCGGAAGGCUAAGAACCCCGCCCAGCUGAUGAGGAAGGCCAACAUGCUUGUCUCUGUGCUCCUGGAUGUGGCCCUUGGCCUCAUGCUGCUGUCCUGGCUCCACAGGAAGGACCUCAUCGGGCAGCUGGCUGAUGCCCUCAUCCCUGUGGCUGACCACGUGGCCGAGGAGCUCCAGCAUCUGCUACAGUGGCUGAUGGGCGCACCCGCUGGGCUCAAGAUGAACCGGGCUCUGGACCAGGUGCUGGGCCGCUUCUUCCUGUACCACAUCCACCUGUGGAUCAGCUACAUCCACCUCAUGUCCCCCUUCAUUGAGCGCAUCCUGUGGCAUGUGGGCCUCUCAGCCUGCCUGGGCCUGACGGUCGCCCUGUCCAUCCUCUCAGACAUCAUAGCCCUCCUCACCUUCCACAUCUACUGCUUCUAUGUCUAUGGCGCCAGGCUAUACUGCCUGAAGAUCCAUGGCCUGUCCUCACUCUGGCGCCUGUUCCGAGGGAAGAAGUGGAAUGUUCUGCGCCAGCGCGUGGACUCCUGCUCCUAUGACCUGGACCAGCUGUUCAUCGGGACCUUGCUGUUCACCAUCCUGGUCUUCCUUCUGCCCACCACGGCCCUGUACUACUUGGUGUUCACACUGCUCCGGCUCCUGGUGGUCACUGUGCAGGGCCUGAUCCAUCUGCUUGUGGACCUCAUCAACUCCCUGCCGCUGUACUCACUCGGCCUCCGGCUCUGCCGGCCCUACAGGCUCGCGGCCGGUGUGAAGUUCCGAGUCCUGGAGCACGAGACUGGCAGGCCCCUCCGCCUCCUGAUGCAGAUAAACCCCCUGCCCUACAGUCGCGUGGUGCACACCUACCGCCUCCCCACCUGUGGUUGCCACCCCAAGCACUCCUGGGGUUCCCUGUGCCGCAAGCUGUUCUUCGGGGAGCUCAUCUACCCCUGGAGGCAGAGAGGGGACAAGCAGGACUGAGGGACCCUGGCCACCAGCCAGCCCAGCACCACCUCCUGCCAGGGUGUCAGGGUAGCACGUGGUUCUGCUCUUUGCCUUCCUGC